GGAAGAUAGAGAGCGCGCAUUGGCGUAACUAGUAUUUAUUUUAUUCCAUCAGCUGAUUCACGUUGUUCGCACUCAUGCACCUUCCGCUUGUCAAAACAGCAUAAAAGUGUGCGUUAGUAUACACCAAUGCAUCAGUAUAGCGCGUCUUGUUGUAUAAUACAGCACGAAGUAUAUUUGUUAUAAUAUGUUAACGUUUAGAUUUACACGACAGUCUAAGUUUUGAUUUUUUCCUAAGUGACAGCUUCGACUCCAUUAUUCUCUCGUCAUUGGAUUGUAUUCUCACUUUGGCAGAGAAGAACAAAUCUUGUCUUAUCAAGAUGGGAAGUGCCGUUAGUAGUGGACAAAACAAUGAUGAAUUGGUAGAUAAUUUAAUGACAUCUGGUUAUAUAAGAACAAAGAAAGUUGAGCAGGUAUUCAGAGCUGUUGAUCGUGCUGAUUACUUCCUAUCUUUGUAUCGAGAAAGUGCGUACAAGGAUCUUGCUUGGAAGCAUGGCAACAUCCAUUUGUCAGCACCAUGCGUCUACAGUUUGGUAAUAGAAGGUCUUUCAUUAGAGCCCGGAUUGAGUUUUCUGAAUCUUGGAUCAGGAACUGGAUAUCUUAGUACAAUGGCAGGACUAAUACUAAGUCAACAUGGGACAAAUCAUGGUAUAGAAUUACACGAGGAUUGUCUAAAAUAUGCGUAUGAACGUUUAGAAGAAUUUAAACAAAAAUCUUUAGCUUUAGAUGAGUUUGAUUUCUGCGAGCCAUCAUUUGUACAAGGAAACUGUUUAAGCAUUGUACCUGGCAGACAAUACGAUAGAGUGUAUUGCGGUGCAGCUUGUCCAGAAAGUCAUGAGGCACUUAUCAAACAGUAUGUUAAAAUUGGAGGAAUUUUAGUGAUGCCUUUCAAAGAGCAUUUACUUAGAAUUCAAAGAGUCGACGAAAAUGCUUGGACACAUCAUACGAUGCUUCCUGUAUCUUUUGCGCCAUUGAUCAUUCCUACGUCCGAGGAACAAAAUUUAUUUCAUUUGCCGGAAUGUUAUCCAUUAUCUUUACAAGAAUUAUGUCGUAAUAGAAUUAGACAUAGAUUGAGAGAAAAUGUCUGGCAACAACAUACAGAAUUGGAAACCAGAAAACCUAUACUGCUAAGACAAAGAUCCAGUUUACCUGCCCGUGCCUCGAAACGUUUUGUAAUACCUAUUUUUGAAGAAUCAGAUGAAGCGGUUUUCGAUGAAGAUGCAGAAUUUGCAGGGAGAGCUCGUUUAUUGCUCAACGUAGAUACUCAUCCUGGAGAAGCCAUUACAACGACCUUACAGUUAUUAAGAGCUGUCAUACAACCGCACCUAGGUGAAAAUAGACAACAGAAUCAUUGGCAGGAAUCGAAUGAUGAAGAUAGUGACGGACAAUAUAUCGUCGCGUCCGUUGAUUUGCAUCACGAUAAUAACGAAGAAAGAAAAGAGACCGAAAGCGAAGCGUUACUCGACGAAGCUGGAAGAGCCAAUACUAGCGAGAAUAAUGUCAAUUCAAGUUACGACCAAUCUCAAGAUCAAAUGCAAAAGCAAUCCAGUCAAAUUCUAGAACAGCACUCAUCUUUAUCAGAGGCGUAUAUAAAUAUGAGCGAAAGUGAUAGCGACAGCGACAGCGAAGCCGAACAAGAGACAUCUUUUACUCAGCGUAAAAAAAUAGCGAAACGUGAAAAAUCCGAUAGCGGUAUAAUAGAAGAUGCUAAUCUGACUACUGACGAUGGUAGUUCUAGUUCAAAUACAAGUCAAACAGAUUCGAAGAAUACCGACGAUUUCAAUUCCAUGGAAGUUGAUUUGUCCGAUAUCACGGUCAAUAAGUCUGCAAAGAAUAUGUAUAAAUCUUAUCCCGAUCCUGCGGAAAGCAUUCCAAACGAGAAUGUAACAUUUGGACAUUACGUUGAUGGCAAUGCUUUUUCGACAUAUAUGAAAGAAAAGAUACAUCAGUUACCAUUGCCUUUCUCAUUAAAAUUGUACAUAAAUUAUAAUCGGCAUCUAUAAUGUACACAUAGAGUAGCAAUUAGACUUAAUCAUUAUUCUUUAAUUUAAAUAUUCUAAUAAAUACAUAAUUCUCUUCUUAUAUUAUACAGUACUUCAUUGUCAUUUAUAGCUGCUCUCCAGCUACAGUUGACCUUCGUACGUUACUACAUUAAUUUUGAAAAAGAUAGGCCUACGAAGUGUUACAAGUGAUAUUUGGCGGCCAAAAUGUUCUUUCAUGUAAAUCAUUUCAUUUGAAAAAUUAUUUUAUUAAAUUCUUUUUUGUUUUAAACGAAAGAAGAGAACAAGUUGUUAGAUAUAAAUCUUGUAAGGUAAAUUACUCUUUAGAUUUCUAUAUCAUUGUGAAUUGUGUCAACGAUACUCUAUAUUUUUCAUGAUUAAUAUCAUAGAAAUGAAAAAGGUGAGAAAACAGCGAAUAAUGAGAAAUUGCACUGUCGUUGAUACUGUCUUAUUGACCGAAUAUACAUAUUUCAAGUGGCAAAAAUGACUGCCUUAUCGUAUGAGCGUGUAUGCGUCUAUUUAUCUGUAUGUACAUAUCUGUAUCAAAUUACUAAACUUGGUCUCUCUGCGAGAUUCUUUAACAACAACAACAAAAAAAGAAAAAAAAAAAAAAAAGAUAAGUCGUAUAUAAAUUUUCAAAGGGUUGUGACAAACGUUGAAUCGAAAAAUGCAUAUAUAAGGACUUUUUUUAUUGACGCAGAUUAAACGAGUAAUAUCGAAAAACACACGCUACUUAGGAUAAAAAAAAAAAAAAAA